UAUUAAUUUUCUUUACCCUUUUCUGCCUUUUCAAUUUCAAUUCAGCCCCACAAAUCAGUUUACUUUUAUUUUCUACGUUUUUUUACUAUUAUUAGCACGCUUCUCUUUCUUAAAUUAAAACCCCCACUUCUUCAUUUUCCAUUUUCACUCACACAACACAACACUCUGCGUUUAAACAACCACCCAACCGUUUUUAUAUCAUGACUCCCGCCGGUGAAAUUUUCCGGUCCAAUUUCACGGAAUUGUUAGAGGAAUCUCCUUCCGGUGCGGGUGAACUGCACGUCCUUGCUGUUGAUGAUAGCCUUGUUGAUCGCAAGGUUAUUGAACGUUUGUUAAAGAUUUCUUCAUGCAAAGUUACUGUUGUGGAAAGUGCAAGACGAGCUCUUCAGUAUUUGGGAUUGGAUGGAGAGAAUACUGAUAUUGGUUUUGAUGGUGUGAAGGUUAAUCUGAUAAUGACAGAUUAUUCCAUGCCUGGGAUGACAGGGUAUGAACUACUCAAGAAAAUCAAGCAGGAGUCUUCUGUUUUUAGAGAGAUUCCAGUGGUGAUCAUGUCGUCCGAAAAUGUUUUGACUCGAAUUGAUAGAUGCCUUGAGGAAGGAGCGGAGGAUUUUCUAUUGAAACCGGUCAAGUUGUCAGAUGUAAGACGCUUGAAAGAUUUUGUCAUGAGAGGUGAAGUGAAGGAUGGUGAGAAAAGUUCUCUAAAAAGAAGACGAUCAUCAGAUGAUAGUAGUCCAUCUCUAUCCGCCACAUUCUCGCCAAUGCGCCAUUCAUGCGAUCCACCAUCAUCAGUUUUCUCACCACUCUCACCAUCACCAUUAUCAUCCAAGAAAUCUAGAUUGUGACCAUAAAUUGAUUAGUCUCAUAUGCCUCCAUUUUUGCAUAGUAAUGUCCAUAUUUUGAAUUUGUUAACUAGUCUAUACAGUUUGUACUCGGGCAAUAAACAGAAUCACUAUUUUUUGGCC